UCCUGGUACGCAUGGAUGGGACUGAGUACGAGUGAGUGUUUGAGGGAGGGAAAGUUGGCGGUGGUUGGCGGGCGGAGAUGUAAAGGAACAGAUAUAGCAUGGGAGACGUCCACGGAACAGGGUUUCACGACUUUGGAAGUCUGCAGAGACAGGUGAAACUAGAAAAUCCGACCAGCCUUGCGGUACAAAGGGAAUUUGCUGCUUGCGGCGUUUUCACCACGUUUCCAGAAAAGACAGCCACCCAUGUUUUUUUUACAUGUCAUCAAACUGGGGUGGGCAGUGAUGAAGUGAGGGGGGUGGGAAACCUGCAAGGCAUCUAAAAUGAAAGAGCGAGCAGUAUGUUACAGACAGCUGUUUCCAGAGGUGCUGCGGAGGACGCCCGCCUGCCAGUCGCGAGGUGAAGACCAAGAAUAAACGAGGCAUUUACCUCGACUUUCGGUAACGGUUGUGAUUCAAGAUCAUUACAUGCAGCCUGUGUUUCAGCAUCAGAGCGAAGAUGCAACACUUGGAACACAGCUGGAAUUAAGCAGGGAAGGAGCCUCUGUGUUUUAACUCCUACGGUAGUAACACAAGUGGGACUGCGUUUUGGACGCAGGUCUGCUUCGGUUUAUGAUGAGAGGUGAAGACUUGGGUGAGAUCUGCGGCCGUCUUGCAGUUUCCAGCUUGUUCCAUGGGACCAUGUGACCAUGCCAGCCUGCCAAAGUGACACACCACAGCAGGACCACGUACCCCUACUCUCGGAUACAGGUGGGGGCAGCUGGGGUUAACACCACCAGCAAAGACAAUGGGCUAUAAUGACUCAAGCGAGAGCGGUUUGGGAGGCGAGGAGCUAUGCUGGCCAUCGUUGCUCACAAUCCUGUUCAUCAUCCCUACCAUUGGCGGCAACAUCCUGGUCAUCUUGGCCAUCUCACUGGAGAGGAAGCUGCAGAACGCCACCAACUACUUCCUGCGGUCCUUGGCAGUGGCGGACCUUCUGGUCGGCCUGUUGGUGAUGCCCAUCGCUCUUAUCGACAUGCUCUACAAUUACAUCUGGCCUCUGCCAACACUCCUUUGUCCCAUCUGGAUCUUCCUGGACGUACUUUUCUCCACAGCCUCAAUCAUGCACAUGUGCGCCAUCUCCCUGGAUCGGUACACUGCCAUCAAAAGGCCCAUCCAACACAGCCAGUACAAAUCCAGAUCAAGGGUCAUGCUCAAGAUCGCCAUCGUGUGGCUAAUCUCCGGGAGUAUUUCAAUUUACAUUCCUAUUGAUGGCCUGACAAACACCAAUACGACUCUUUCCAGUAAUUGUACAUGUGAGUUGACCAAGGGGGAUUUCAUCCGGUAUGGCUCCUUGGUGGCUUUCUUCAUCCCUUUGAUCAUCAUGAUGGUCACCUACGUGCUAACUAUUCGGGUGCUGCAGAAGAAGGUCUACCUGCUUAGGUUCACAGCCACCCAGAAUUUUCGCAGGUGCUCCAGCCCUACAGUCCUCCAAAAGGGACCAGCCACAGGCUUCUCCGCAGAUAGGGUGACAAUGUUUGAGGGUCCAACUAGCCCAGUUGCAAACAAGGAGAUGCAUUUCCGCAGGAUGUCUAUCAGGGGCUGGAAGUGUAUGCUGAACCUGAGCAAUGAACAGCGCGCCUCCAAAGUCCUAGGCAUAGUCUUCUUGCUCUUCGUGGUCAUGUGGUGCCCAUUCUUCAUCACCAAUGUCAUCUCGGCCGAUGUAAAGGAGAAACUGACCACAAAGCUCCUGAGAAUCUUCGUCUGGGUGGGGUAUGUCUCCUCUGGCAUCAACCCAUUGGUGUACACGCUCUUCAACAAGACCUUCCGCAUGGCCUUCAGUCGUUACAUGACCUGCGACUAUAGCAGAAUGACGACUUCUGUGAACAAUGUCAGGAAUGGCACAGGGCUUGUGGUGCUGCAGGGUUCCCUCCGCCUGCGCCGUCCAACCAUGCAGUCCUCCACCACCCAUCUGUUAGACCAGAGUGAGGUUCCACAGUGAGGAAGAGGGCAGCAAGCAAGAGGAUCAUGUAGAGACCACCAGAGCAUCAUGGGUAAACUUGAGCUGAGUGCCCGUCAGAGCACACAAAGGGUUGUUUAUCAAUACCAAGAAUGCAAAGAUCGUACUUAUGGUCUUGGCAAGACCGAUCUUGCUAACUUACCUCCCAAGAAUGAACUUGGAGCACAAUGAAUUAUGGGACUGGUCUUGUUUGGUGAGGAUGCAACCAAUAUAUCCUGGGUAUUUGGAGAGGGGAAAAAACUACAUGUGAGGAUUUUAGUAUUGGAACUGAUCCUCGUCAAUGGAACUUUGAUGUAAAACGGAAAUAUGCGAGAAUACAAAUACGAUCAGGUACGCAUAUUGAGAAACACCCCAUAUGUCUCCUGGUGUGCUGUAUGAUUUAAAAACCACACUUUAUUCAGAGAAUAAAUAUGGAUGGAUUGCAACAUGGUAUGACGUUGUAGUAAAACAUUCUAUAUGGAAUUUUUUUUACUUUUUGGGAUUGAACACACAGUUGAUGGGGCCAGCAGCAGAUGGGAAAGAUACCCUCUUCCAUUGCACUUGUGUAACCCUCAAAUACUUGGAGAUCUAAUGGCGAUGCAAAUGCCAUCACUGAGCGGGAUGAACCAUUGAGGUUAAUGGAUGUCUUUUCUACGUUGGGGAGCCAUGGAGGAAUUACUCCGUAUUUUCAGUCGCCGCAGAGAGAGGCCUCAUUUCCAUGGUUCUUGCGCAAUGCAAAUCAAAGCAAACUGUGAUAAUAUAAACUAUCGUGGGGGUGUUUUGCAAAGUUCAGUGGAAUUUUAAUGCAAAAUGCAUGGUCCAAAAGCAAUGCCAGGUUUAAAAGCCUGAAAUGGGUAUCUGUUUUAUUUCCAAAUAACAAAGGCAGGAGUCAUUAAGGUACUGCAGCCUCUAAAUCACAAGAGAUUGUUUGCAGUGGCCUUGUUAAAUGUCACAGUUGUAUUACAGUUCAGAUUGCUUUAAUAAGUAGGGUUAUCUCAAAGACUUAUCUUAAAUUGGUCCUCCUAGUGCCACAAAACAAACCAUUCUGCCUCCGCCAUGGAAAGACCUAUUUUUACACUGCAUACUGUACAUUACCAGCCAAAAGUUUUCACACACAUUGAGAUUUUCUACAUUUGCAUGUUACUCACUUAUCAUUUACUAAACAUAUACCCAAUGUUCUUUCCUGACAAAUAAAUUUACAGUAUGUUCACCA